AUGGCCGACCGGCGGUCUGGCGCCGGCGCCGGCGGGUCCGGCGGUGGCCUCUCCCAGCUCCUGUCGUCGUCGUCGCCCGACAAGGCGGCAGCGCGCCGCCGCAUCGCCUACAUCGCCGCCGGCGUGUGCGGCUUCUUCCUCCUCCUCCACCUCGUGUCGCGGCCGAGCGACCCGUCCUAUCGCAACGGCCGCGCCCUGCCCGGGUUCGGCUCGCGCAGCCAGUUCGCCUCGUCGCGCCGCACCGACACGCUCGUGCGCGCCGCCCGCAAGCAGCGCGCAGCGGCGGCCAUCUCGCACGGCGGCACGGGCGGGUACGGGCCCGCCAACUUUAGCGAGCCGCCGCCGUUCACGUUCUGCCCGACGUUCGGCGCCGGCGACGAGCUCGGCACCGUGUACGGCCGCGAGGCCAUCGUCAAGACGCGCACGCACGUCGGCAGCGCCGAGCGCGUGCGCAAGGUCAUCAAGCGCGCCAUGGCCGGCCUCCCCGUCACGAUCGGCGUCCUCGGCGGCAGUGUCAGCAGCUGCCACGGCCUCGACGCGACCCAGGCCCACCCGCUCGGCAACCCUGUCGGCCCCAACUGCUACCCGCACCGCAUCUUUUCGUGGCUCAACGACGUGUUCCCGCACCCGGCCAACGAGUUGACCAACGGCGCCCUGCGUCGCACCGGCACGUCGUACUUUGGGUUCUGCUCCGAGAUGCACUUGCCCGACCGCGUCGACCUCGUCAUCGUCGAGUUCGACACCGAGGACCCGGCUGAGAAGACGUCUCUGUCGACGACCGACCUCCUCAUCCGCUCGCUCCUCCUUCGCCCCGACCAGCCCGCCAUCAUUAUGCUCGGCCACUUUUCGCCGCAGAUUCAGGGCGAGCACGGCUACGCAGGCCCCGAGAUGUGGCACUCGUCCGUCGCUCAGUUCUACGACGUCGUCCACGUCAGCGUCAAGGGCCUCCUGUACGAGGACUACCUCCUCAACCCGAGCAAGGUCCGCCAGUCGUACUUCCUCGACCCGAUCCUCGCCAACUCGAAGGGCCACGAGCUCCUCGCCGACACGGUCAUCGCGUUCCUCGAGUCCGAGAUCUGCCAGGUGUGGGACCAGGCCGCGCUCGAGACCGACAUUGCCGCGCUCGGCGGCACCACGCAGCCGAUCUCGCCGCUCGCGCUCGGCGACGACUACCCGUCGCUCCUGUCGGGCAAGGGCCUGCGCAAGGCGGCCGACGCCGGGCUCGACGCAGAGGACGCCGACCUCGCGCACGGCGGUGGACGCGCCGGCGGUCGCUCGGGCUACCUGCGCAUCCCGCCGUUCCGCAUCACCGACAAGCCGCAUCAGCUGUCCCAGUUCCGCGAGAUCAAGCCCAACUGCGCGUCGGCCAACGACCUCAUCAACCCUCUCCCGUCGAGCGUCUUUGCCGGGUCCGGCUGGAACCCGGUCCAGCCAAAGCCCGACGACGAGGACGAGAUGCACUACUGGUACACCGACAUGCCCGGCUCGCUCCUCAAGAUCCCCGUCAAGGUUGGCGCCGGCGACAUCGCCGUCUACUACCUCAAGGGCCCCGAGGCCGAGGGCUGGGGCACGGUCCUGUGCUGGGUCGACGACAACGUCGACGGCGCCGUCGAGCUCAAGGGCCACUGGGACAAGGAGUACGGCCAGCCGACCGUCACCCAGAUCGACAUGAACGUCGCGAGGGGCCCUCACUAUGUCGUCUGCGAGCUCCAGGGCCAGCCGGGCAUCGACCACGCGCGCUUCAAGCUCUUUGGCGUCUUUGCGACUUAGGCGACGUCGUCGUGUCGCCGGCAGAAGGAGGAAGGGGGCGGUCAGGGAGGGCCACAUAGACUCGAGGGCGGGGGAGGAGGACGACGGCGAGGGUCGGGCACGGGCCGGGCAGGGCAGCUCACGCGUACGAGGAGUGCACUUUCGUCAUCGUCUGUAUGUACCGCCGUUCCGCCCUCAGCAAAAUGCCGUACUCGCGUCGUCACUUUGUCUCCCCUCCUUCGCCUUCCCUCUCUCUCUCUCUCGUCCUCGCCCUCGCCGCCGUACCCCUACCUCUCUUUCUCUCUCACUCAGCAUUCAUAGUCUGGACGACGUGCAGUAUACCCCAUUUCACGC